GUCUGCACGAAUGAUGUGGGCAGUUUCUUCGAGUGCGCUACCGAGAACGAGAGCCUCUACCCACCUAAGUGCUGCGGUCAAAUCUUCCUACUCGAUUUAUACGAGAGUCAUAUUCCCUUUGACGUACAGUGGGCGUUUCAGAUGAAGGAGCAAGGGGAGUACUCCGUAUUGGCUAAGUACCGUGUCUACUGCGCCAAUCCAGCUUGCUCAGAGUUCCUCAGCCCGGCAACACAUGUGAAGGAUCCGUCUACCAAUGUCGGCUACACCAUUUGCCAGGACGAUGUGUGCGGGAAGCUCACAUGCACGUCCUGCAAGAUACUGCUGAACGGCAUUGAAGGUCACACUUGCGACCAAAACGAAGAUUACAAGAAGUUCAAACAUACAGCUACGGAGAAGGGCUUCCAAGAGUGUCCGAUCUGCGCCUCCACCGUCGAGCUGACCGAGGCGUGCAAUCACAUCAACUGCGAGUGCGGUGCCGAAUUCUGCUACAUCUGCGGCGAGCAGUGGCAAGGGAUGCAAGGCUGCUCACACUACGGCCCCGCGAUUUACGACGAAGAGGGCUACAACCAGGAUGGGUACCACCGAACCACAGGCCUCAAUCGCGAGGGCCGCCCAUGUCGCGAGCAGGCUGGGACAAACCGUGUGGAAGAUGGCGAGGAGGAUGAUGAUCCCGAUACGAACCACCCGGUCUUGCAGUAUGUUGAGCCUGGCGUCCGCACAACGUUUGCAGCGCUUCUGCAUGAAGAGCGUGAGAUGUUCUUGGUCAACCUCCAGAUCCAACUCUUUGAGGAGCGCGGCAUCAACUUUGGGGAUCGUGGAGAAGAUGAUGAGGAGAGCGACAGUGAUGGCGAGGAAGACGGUGCGAGCGACAGAGAAGACAGCGGGGAUGCCAACUCUAUAGACGACCGCAAUCGCGACGAAGGUUCAGGCGAAGCUAGUGAACAUGAA